UUCAUUCGCACCCGCACACAGCCUGCUUUGCCUUUCCCACAUGAAAACGAAAAGCAGCCACUUGGUGGAAAUUUUGUGACCAUCGUGCUGCGCUUAGAAAUCGUCCAAAUUCGCGUCGUCAUAUACCGAUCGAAAGCCACGAAUCCGGCGAAUCUUUUGCCACCUUUCUAGUGAAAAUCAAAUAGCGAGAAGUCCGCGAAAAAGGCCACCGAAAAAGGGCCGCCACUGUGAGUGUGUGUGACCAGAAGAAAAAAAAAUGCCCUGCCGCUGGAAGUGAAAAAUGCGCUCGCCAUUUUGACUCGGGCGACAGUUUUUGUACAAGUGCGCUUCGUCGUCGUGGUCGUGGUCCGCAUCCGGAUUUGCACACGUGCCCCAGCCCGUGGCUGCAGUACGUCCAGUCCUCCCCAACCGCCGCCUCUUCCAGUUUUCCCGUGCACACGUUGCGGCUACGGCACGUAGCAGUUUUUUUUUUUGUUUUUGGCGGUCCACCAGGUGAGCGGUAAGCGGCAACAACAACAGCUAUCCGGCUGCUGCCGCGCUCCCCCAUCAAAAAAUGGCGCAUUCGACGGGCGGAACUGUGAAGGCCGACGAGGUGAACUUCUUCUUUCGGGACGAGCACGGACAAAUUGCCAAGAUGCUAAAGCCGGCCCAAACCAAAUCGGAGAUGGAGGCCGGAGGAAAACCCGUGGCGGUGGUGUACGCCACCGGCUCAUCGGCGCGCAACAGCGGAAGUUCGAGCGGCAUUGGCAACGUGGGACGCAUGGGCGCCUUUAGUCAAAUGGGAUCCAGCAACCAGGGACAGUUCAUACGGCUACAGGACAACGGCCUGGUCAUUCCAAAAACAGAAGAUACUACGUACACAACCGUUUCGGCGCAGAAGACUUCAGGAACUGGCAGUGGACUGUACGACGUGAUAAAGGGAGAUCGCUAUGUAAAGUUUACGCCAAACAAUCCCAUGAAAAUCAAAUCAAAACUCCAUGCCAUUCAGAGCAACUCUUUGCACUCCAUGUCCGCCUCCUCAUCGUCCGUUCAAAGGAAGCGCAAGCCGGACAAGGCCGGCAAGGGAUUGCGCCACUUCUCGAUGAAGGUCUGCGAAAAGGUGCAGGAGAAGGGCAAAACCACCUACAACGAGGUGGCCGACGAACUGGUCGCCGAGGAGAUGAAGAACAAUGCGUACGAUAACAACUGUGAUCAAAAGAAUAUCCGACGUCGUGUCUACGAUGCACUUAACGUACUGAUGGCAAUCAAUGUUAUCUCCAAGGACAAGAAGGAGAUCCGCUGGAUAGGGCUUCCUGCCAAUUCGGCCGAGCAAUUUCUGGCCCUGGAGGAGGAAAACAGUCUGCGCCGCGAGCGCAUCAAGCAGAAGAACGAAAUGCUGCGCGAAAUGAUCAUGCAGCAUGUGGCGUUUAAGGGAUUGGUAGAGCGGAACAAGCGAAACGAAAGCCAGGGCGUGGUGCCUUCCCCGAAUGCCUCGAUCCAGCUGCCGUUCAUCAUCGUAAACACGCACAAGUCCACCAAAAUCAACUGCAGUGUGACCAACGACAAGUCCGAAUACAUAUUCAAGUUCGACAAGACCUUCGAAAUGCACGAUGACAUUGAGGUGCUCAAGCGCAUGGGGUUCCUGUUGGAUCUGGAUAAGGGCGAAUGCACGCCGGAGAACAUUGAACGAGUCAAGUCGUGGGUGCCUCCAAACCUCGCCAAAUACGUGGAAGCCUAUGGCACUGGAAAAACUGGAGAAAUCAUGAACGAAUCGGAGGAUGAGGACAACGAGUUCAACGGGUACCUGGAGUCCACCAAUGAAUCCCAGAGCUUUGCACAACACUCGACACAACAUACCACCGAUGCCGAGUUCAAGCUGGAGAUGGAUGAUGACGAGCUGGACGACGACAUCGAUUGAGCUGACUGUGCCGCCGACAUUGUGCCAGCCAUGGCCGAUGCGGAUGCGGAUGGAGGAGCAGAUGCAGAUGCGGAUGCGGAUGCGGAGGAUACAUUUAGUUUUACGUUUAUCAACGCUUUGUUAGGUUUGCCACGCCCCCCCGGUUAGGCGGGGCCACUCUCCAACCCAAUCCACUCCACUCCACACCCAAUCCGACCCACCCACACAUUUGGUUUUGUUUAAUUCUUAAUGAGACUCUAUUAAAUUAUACAGCUCGCAGCGACGAGAAAGGAAGAUUCGGUAGUUCAUGUAUGUACGUGUACUGUUCGCAUACACAGUUUGUACGUGUAUCAUUGAAGAUUUAUGUUUAAGCUCAAACGUUUUUAAAUAAUUUGUCUAGUUAAGCAGAACGCGUAUUUUAGUGCAAACCACAUUUCACAUUUGGCAAACCCGCGAAUGCACAGGCCCAAGCUAUACUGUUCACUCUCUUCUUAGUUGUUAUGAGUCUCCCUUUUCCCCACUUGCCUUUUCUUGUUUGGGUAGGCAUAAGUGAAAACGAUAAUGUUAUGGGUAAUUGUCUCUUAAUAAUAUAACAUACCAAAAUUGUACACAUAACAGCAAUGAAAUGCAAUUACUUUUAGAAUGCCACAAGCAGUUUAAACUGCAGACAAGAACGAACAUAUGAAAUAUGUUUAAUUUGCUUACACCUUUCGAUAAAACAAUCAUGUUUUAGUUUCUCAAAACCCACAUUUUAAGUUGACAAUGGAGAGCAGAUAAUUGCGAAAUAAUCAACCUACCUAAUUAGUAAUAAUAAAAUUAAAACGAGAUAUACAUUUUCAGAAUUUGUAUUUAUAUUAUUGAACCUUCUUCAAGUGAAUACAAAAGCAUACAAAUACAAAUACAAAUUAGUAGAAAGUCAAGAAUAAGGCGUUACCAAUUAAGUGUCGAUCAUGUAGUUGUGUAAUAAAUCGAAAUAAUUAAUUGCAUGGUUGCAAAAGGAAAUAACAAACAAGUAAGACGAAAUCGAACCGAGUGACGAGUUAAUAAAGUAAUUUGCAUAUUGUAAAAUAUGAUAAAUCAAGAA